UAUUUUUAACAUGGAGUUGAUAGUUUUAUUCAUAUAUUGUUCUGCUUACAUUUCAAGCGGCAAUUCACUGUCGGACGACACAAAUGAGAAUAUUUACAAUAGUGUCAAAAUAGAUUUUCCUUCCGACCCCUGUGAUACAAGUUCAAUACCUUUACCAGAUUAUAAUACACCUGGACGUCGAAUAAGCGAAGUCAAAUGCUUCGAACACACUUGGCAAUUGAGGUAUGAUCAGAUAAAAGAGCUCAGGAAUACAAAAUGUAAUUUCAUAAGAUAUAACGUUAUUGGACUGUUAGGAGGUCAAAGAGCUGAAGACGGGGAAUAUCCUCACAUGACUGCCAUCGGCUGGAAAGGAACACAUGGCAAUUGGAUCUUCAAGUGUGGAGGUUCACUGAUCAGUGAACGAUUUGUCUUGACAGCAGCACAUUGCUCGCGGGUUCGGGAAUCUGAUGAUACUGUCACUGAUCGAAAGCCCGAAAUGGUACGACUGGGUGGACAUAGUCUAUUGGAUUUUCAUCCACGAGCAUACGAUGUUCUCAUAAAAGACUUUAUAACUCAUCACCGCUACAAGCCACCGCGACAAUACUACGAUAUCGCACUCAUUGAACUUGACGCAAAAGUUUCGUUCAGUUGGCGUAUUCAUCCAUCUUGCCUCUGGACUAAAUUUGAAAACCCUGGAACUGGAAUUCUCACCGGCUGGGGCGUAAUAGAUCUCUCCACCCGUAUGACUAGUCCCAUGUUGCAAAAAGCGAAUAUAAAAAUAAUAGAUUACGAAGAGUGCGACAAAAAGUUAAGUCAAAAAAGAAACAGGAAUUGGUGGGGAUUCAUGCGGCACCAGCUGUGCGCCGGGAAUAUGUCCGGUGGUGUCGAUACUUGCCAGGGCGAUUCAGGCGGUCCCCUGCAAUCGUUGAUACCGCUGAAACAUCCUCGAAGUGGAUUGAAAUGGAAUUUGCAUCACAUCAUUGGCGUGACCUCUUUCGGUUUCGGAUGCGCACGGAAGGACACUCCUAGCGUCUACACCAGAGUGGCGAGUUUCAUCGGUUGGAUAGAACAGAUUGUCUGGCCAGACAGUUCAUAUCUUCAUAAUGCAACCAAUGAUAAUGGAUUUUAUUUUACAACCUAAUCGUCUACUUGUUUAUGAAACACAACAAUUAUUUAAAUAAACGAAAACUGGGAGACUUGA